AGAGUCACAUGAGCAGAGCAACAUGGCUGCGGUGCAGUGGCGUUCCAGUAAUCGUAACUAUGAGGUGGAGCUUCAGAGAAGUCGUCCUGAAGCGUCUCUGGUUGAGUUUGGAGACUAUCAUCCUCUCAAACCCAUCAUGGUGACGGACACAAAGACCCGUCGUGGAGCUCGUAAAGGCAGCACCUCCUCUUCCUCCUCCUCCUCCUCCUCGGUGCCUCCAGACCCCCUCAGCUCCAUGAUGGACGGGACCGACCCGCUCUCCAUGUUCGCUGCAGCCUCCAGCAGCGAACCUGCAGGACCCCCACACAGCUCCUCCUCAGGGGAGGUGGGCAGGAAGAGGAGGGAGAAGGAGGAGGAGGUGGUGGGAGCAGACUUUGAACCCUGGUCCUCUAAACGAGGAGAGAUCCUGUCCAGGUUCACCACCACAGAGAAGCUCUCCAUCAACCUGUUCAUGGGCUCUGAUCGAGGAAAAGCUCCAAGUCCAGGAUCAUCUGCUGUUUCAGAGAAAGUUCGGACUCGUCUGGAGGAGCUGGAUGAUCUGGAGGAGGGUUCCCAGAGAGAGCUGCUGAACCUCUCCCAGCAGGACUACGCCAACCGCAUCGAGGAGCUGAACCAGUCCCUGAAGGAGGCCUGGGCCUCGGACCAGAAGGUCAAAGCCCUGAAGAUCGUCAUCCAGUGCUCCAAGCUUCUGUCCGACACGUCUGUGAUCCAGUUCUACCCCAGCAAGUUUGUUCUCAUCACUGAUAUCCUCGACACUUUCGGCCGGCUGGUGUACGACAGAAUCUGGACCAUGUGUUCAGACCCAAGACCUCUACCAGACUCGUUCACAGUGGACGACGUCAAUGACACGGCCAAAGAGACGUGUCUCAACUGGUUCUUCAAGAUCGCCUCCAUCAGAGAGCUGCUGCCCAGACUAUAUGUUGAAGCUGCUAUUCUCAAGUGCAACCGCUUCCUGAACAAAAGUGGGAUCCAGGAGACGCUGCCUCGGCUGACGGCCAUGAUCAGAGGGAUCGGAGACCCGCUGGUGGCAGCGUACGCCAGAGCUUACCUCUGCAGGGUGGGGAUGGAAGUGGCCCCUCACCUGAAGGACAGUCUGAACCGAAACUUCUUCGACCUGCUGGGAACCUUCCGGCAGGUCAGCGGGGAGAGCGUCCAGAACCAGCUGGUCCUGCAGAGGGUGGAGGUCCCCGAGUACCUGACGCUUUAUUCACCUGCCAUUAACUGGAUCCUGCAGUGUAUCGCCUACCGAGCUCCAGAGCCUCUGCUGACGGAGAUGAUGGAGAGAUGUAAGAAGCUGGGGAACAAUGCUUUGCUGCUGAAUUCAGUGAUGAGGGCGUUCAGGUCGGAGUUCGUAGCAGCCAGAGCGACGGACUUCAUCAGCAUGAUCAAAGACUGCGACGAGGCCGGAUUCCCCAAGCAUCUGUUGUUCGGCUCUCUGGGUCGGAGUCUGGCCUGUGCCGAUCCUCCAGAACCAGAGAGACUCACCAUCCUCAACGAAGCCUGGAAGGUGGUCACCAAAGUCCGCAGUCCUCAGGAUUACGUGAACUGUGCUGAGAUCUGGGUGGAGUUUACCUGCCGACACUUCACCAAACGUGAGGUCAACACCGUCCUGGCUGACAUCAUCAAACACAUGACGCCUGACCGGGCGUUUGAAGACGCUUAUCCUCAGCUGCAGUCAGUGAUCAGGAAGAUCCUCACCUACUUCCAUGACUUCUCCGUCCUCUUCUCCAUGGAGCGGUUCCUGCCGUUCCUCGACAUGUUCCAGAAGGACAGCGUGAGGGUGGAGGUCUGCAGGUCCAUCAUGGAGGUCUUCAUAAAACACCAGGUGGAGCCCACCAGAGACCCCGUCAUCCUCAACGCCAUGCUGCACAUCUGCAAGACCAUGCACGACUCCGUCAACGCUCUCACUCUGGAGGACGAGAAAAGAUCUCUGGCUCUGCUGAUCAUCGGAUUCAUCCGCAUGGUUUCUUUCGGUCGUGACUUUGAGCAGCAGCUGAGUUUCUGUGUGGAGGCCAGAGCGACUUUCUGUAACCUGGAGCCGGUCAUGGUGCAGCUCAUCCACACGGUGAACCAGCUGGCGAUGGAGACCAGCCGGGUGAUGAGAGGGACUCACUCCCGUAAAACAGCCGCCUUCGUCAGGGCGUGUGCUGCCUACAGCUUCAUCACCAUCCCGUCUCUCAGCAGCAUCUUCAGCCGUCUCAGCCUCUACCUGCUGUCAGGACAGGUGGCUCUGGCCAACCAGUGUCUCUCUCAGGCGGAUGCGUUCCUGAAGGCGGCGGUCAGCCUGCUCCCGGAGGUUCCUCGCUCCAUCAGCGUGGAGGGGAAGCUUCGCUCCUCUGAGAGUUUCCUGCUUGACUUCAUCAACAACUUCCUGGCGACGCUGCUGGUCGUCCCGGACCACCCGGAGCACGGCGUCCUCUACCUGGUCCGUGGUCUCCUCAACAUGGUGCAGGACUACACCUGGGAGGAAACCAGCGACGCCAAGGUCCGAGUCUACAUCAGCGCUCUGCCGCUGCUGGCCGCCAUGAGCCAGGAGAACUACAUCUACUGCAUCCCUAAAGUGGACUCCAAUGAGACUCUUUAUGGCGGAGACCCCAAGUUCCUAUCAGAGAUCAAUAAGCUGUGUGAGACUCUGAUAGGUCAGAUCCUGGACCACCUGAAGGCUCUGGGUCGGGACGAGCAGCAGAACACCCGGAGACAGGGUUCUCUGGCCUUCUCCCUGUUCGGGGUCCUGUUGGCUCACGGGGACCUGAGGAACAACAAGCUGAGUCAGCUGUCCGUCAACCUGUGGAACCUGAGCCACAAACACGGAUCCUGUGAGACCCGAGUCUCCGUCCGGACCCUGGAGUCCAUCAGACUUCAGUCCCAGCAGCCGGACAUGUCCCACCUGUCGGAGACGGUCCAGAGGCUGAGCCUGCAGUCACGCACCUGAACACAACACGAGCUUCUUUAAAUGUGUAAAUAAAAAAUACCAACAAGCAGAAAGAAGAAGAAGAAAAUAAUCCCUAAAUGUAUUUCGUACAAGGAAACUUUGUAAAUACUUAAAUUUUCACGUCAUGUGUUUGAAAUUGGUUUGGAGCAGUAUUAACUGUGUGUUAUGUAUUCCUCUAUUUCUCUUUUCUUUCUUUAUUUAAGACUAAUAAUCAUUUCUACUAUUCACUGGAAUGUGAAUCCAUGACAUCAGACUGGUUUUAGGACACGUAGAAAAAAAUUAACAACUUUUUUUUAAUUCGCCUUUUAAGGCAACUCAUGACCAACACACUGAUAUAUAAUUUUCUCUUUUUUUUCAUUAUUAUUAUUGGUAAAUUUUAGUCAAAUAUCAAAAAUUAGGCCUCAUAUCAAGAGAAAAUAAAGUAAUAAAACCUGAAUAUAUCGA